AUGUACUCGCAUUCGGCGCACUCGGCGCAUACGCUGCACCCAAUUACACCCACCGAGGAGACGCCGUCGUCUGCGUCAUUCAGCCCCAUAAACUACGGCGGCCAGGGACGCGACUCGAUGAUGCUCCCCUCCCCAUCCUCUCAAUACGGCUAUUCUGAACAGACGGCACAGGGUGGCUGGUUCUCGCCUAACAGCGCUGCGUCCAGCCAUUCGUCAGGAAGCCUCUCGAGUCUGUUGAACCCCAGCAGCAACGUGAAUAGCGGCUAUUCCAACCCCUCGCGCCCCCAGCCUCCCCAAAUCAAUACCUACACGUCGUACUCGAGCGUGCCGAUGAGCAGGAGUCACCACAGCGCGGCCCCCUUGUCUCCCGAGAGCCGGCCAACGUCCGGAUACUCCGUAUCCUCAAUGUCGUCAAUGCAGUACGACGAUUCGCCGCAGCACUACUCCCACCACGACUACUCGCGCCCAGGCUCAAGCCACCAGAACUCGGCGCGUCCGCUGACCCCUUCGUCAUCGCGUCCACCUUCCUCCCGCUCAUACAACACGGGCUCUUUGAGUAUCCGAAGAACACGGCGACACAGCCAGGUGGCCCCAUACCCGUCGCCUUACGCUGAGCACCCGCCCUUGUCGGCGGGAUCUGAGCGGCCGUCGAGCUCACCGCAACCGGACGAGCACUCUGGAGGGCUCCCGCGCGUGCGGAGCAUGAUUCAGCUCCCGACCGUCGACUAUGGCUUCAACCCCGCGCAAGGCGACUUCGCGUACGGCGCGGUCGACGAUGCGCACUCCCAUGGCCACGGCAUGUAUGGCAACGUUCAAGGACGGAGCGUGCGGCCGUCGACGUCGGCAUCGUCACUCUCGACGAGCAGCUCAGCGGCGAACACACCAGGCGGCGACUUUGGCCCUGGCGGGCCGGGAGAGGCGGAUAUCAGCAGAUUCUCACCCGACUUCGGCUACGUGCAGAUGAACGACCAUAUUCCUCAAUACACCAAGCAGGAGCUGUGGCUGGGGGUGUCGAAAAGGCGAUCGCGCUGCCGGGACAUCUGGCGUCUGGCGCAAGGCUUCGCCGCUGCGUACGUGCUAGCCCAGCUCGGGCAAUGCAAGCGCCGGCUUCAUAGAUUGGACAUCUGCUGCCCUGUCAAUUUCGUUAGGCUGGGCGGCAUCAACGCCUGGCAGACCAUAUCGACGCACGCGUGGACGCCAUCACCAAGCUGCAAGUCGAGUUUGAGAAUGGGGCCGAGGUCGCGGGACGGCAAGGGCCCCGAGACGCCGCUCAUGCUCUUUGAGAAACACCUCAGGGAGCACGGCCUCGCGAGCAAGGUCUGGAGGGUGCGAGAGCAGGCCGUGCUGACCCUCGUGCAUCUCCGGCGCGCGCACCACCUUUUCCCCAUCCGCGCGUACCUCCCGGCGCUGGUCGAGACCCUCGAGGACACCGAUGGCGGAGUGCGCGAGUGCGCGCGCCAGUCCGUCGUGGAGCUCUUCACCGGGCCCGGCGUGACGGACGCCGCGCGCGCAGACUUGAAGAAGGAGAUGGCGAAGCGCGGUGUGCGCAAGGGCAUUGUCGACGGCGUGCUUUCGCGCGUCCUCGCCGGUGCAGGCGGCAGCGGCGGCGCGAGCACCCCGGGGUCCAUGAGCGAGGCAGGCUCGGAGAAUGGUGAUGCCGGCCACAAGGAGUACGUACCCCCCAGCAUUGCGCUGAUGAACAGAAGCCGGGGCACUGGCGCGCAGAUCGCAGGGCUGCCGCGAACGGUGAGCCAGAGUAGCGUCAAGGAACCCCCGCGUCCGGCGAGCCGGGCAGCCGGGGUGGUAUCGCCGCCUCCGACAGAGAGCACUGGACUAGCCGGCGGGAGUACUGCAGAUGUUAGACCUGUUUACGGCAAGGAGACGGAGCACAACUGGGCACAGCGCGAACAAUCUGUUCAGCGGGUUCGCGGCAUGAUCAAGGGCGAAGCGCAUGAAAGAUUUACGGACACCUUCCUGUUCGGUUUGAAAAACGGUUUUAUCAAUGCAUCACUCAAAGCGGACAAGUCGGUCCAAAUGCGGGGGUACGUGAUUGGCCAUGUCAAGGCCUAUUUGGAAGUGCACUGUACACGUUCCAAGCACGUAGUGGAUGCCACUGGGGGCGCCGAUAUCCUCGAGAAAUGCUUAAAGAAGGGGCUCGGCGAUCCAAACGCCGGUGUCAGGGAGAGUGCGCGGAAGUUGUUCUGGGUCUUCGAGGGCAUCUGGCCUGAGAGAGGCGGGUCAAUACUUGACACGUUGGACGCAACGGCCAGGAAGCAGGUAGAGAGGGUCUGCCCCAAUCCAGAGGCGUUGGCAGGCGCAGUCGUAGCGGCGACACCGAAACCGAAGAAGAGCAGCGUUGCAGCGGCAAUUGCAGCUAGCAGGGCCAAGGCUAGGGCCAUAGCCACCGCGCCGCCUAGCUUGAGGCAUCAAGCCACUUCAACCUCGCACGCGGCGCGAGCCAUGUCACCGACGGAGAUGUUGAGACGCGCUGCCUCACCCACGCUCUCGACCAGUAACUCCACCGGACAUAUGCGUGCCACCUCACCAGUCACCCGAUCGUCUCCCCCGAGAUCAAGAAUA